AUGGCGAGAGGCGCGCCGUCUCGCAGCAUCGUCUGCCUGGUGUCCGUCCAGAUGAUGCUGGUCUUCAGCGCACCGUGGCCCGGAGCGCAGGCUCUAACCUUCCCACAGCAAUACACGAUAAUGCACUGGGCCCGGCGCAUCGAGCUGGAGAUCGACAGGGUCUUUCAGCACAUCACCGGAGUCCAGCAGCUGAGAGGGAUCUACAAUGAAAAAAGAAGGCAGUUCAGUCUGGUGAAGAAUCAGCCCCGGGAGAUCGUGGAGAAGGUGGCCUCCGACAUAGAGAAGCUUCUGGCUAAGAAACGCAAAGCGCUUGAUAGGUUAGCCAAUGAGGCGGAGCGUCUGCAGCGGGAGUAUCUGUGGCAGGAUGGAAUCAAGGAGUUGGACAUGGCGUACUACGACUCAAAGGCAGAGCUGGAUUAUUAUUCCAUGGAUGGAGACGGGGAGAUAGAAAAUCCCUCCCAUAUCAAGUUGGAGUUUGUAUACGACCCCAACUUCAAAAACAACGUAAACUACUCCUACACGGCUGUUCAGAUCCCCACGGACAUUUACAAAGGAGCGCCGGUCAUUUUGAACGAGCUGAACUGGACGCAGGCGCUGGAGAAGGUGUUCAUGGAGAACAGCCGUGAGGAUCCCUCGCUGCUAUGGCAAGCGUUCGGGAGCGCCACGGGGGUCACCCGCUACUACCCAGCCACGCCUUGGAGGGCGCCGGAUAAGAUAGACCUCUAUGAUGUUAGGAGAAGGCCCUGGUACAUCCAGGGUGCGUCGUCCCCCAAAGAUAUGGUCAUUCUCGUGGAUGUGAGUGGCAGUGUCAGCGGGCUCACCCUGAAGUUGAUCAAGGCAUCAGUGAUGGAGAUGCUGGACACGUUGUCCGAUGAUGACUAUGUCAACGUGGCCAGGUUUAACGAGAAGGCGGAGGCUGUGGUCCCUUGCUUCAGACACCUGGUCCAGGCCAACGUGCGCAACAAAAAGAUCUUCAAAGAUGCCGUGCAGCAAAUGCAAGCGAAGGGCACCACGGACUACAAGUCGGGCUUCCACUUCGCCUUCAACCAGCUAUUAAAUAAAACGAAUGUCCCCCGGGCCAACUGCAAUAAGAUAAUCAUGCUGUUCACCGACGGCGGGGAGGACAGGGCACAGGACGUCUUCGUGCAGUACAACUGGCCUAACAAAACGGUCCGAGUGUUCACCUUCUCUGUGGGUCAGCACAAUUACGACGUGACGCCCUUGCAGUGGAUCGCAUGCACAAACAAAGGUUACUAUUUUGAGAUCCGGUCCAUCUGUGCGAUAAGGAUUAACACCCAGGAGUACCUUGACGUGCUGGGUCGCCCCAUGGUUCUGGCAGGGAGCAUUGCCAAGCAGGUUCAGUGGACCAAUGUCUAUCAGGAUGCCUUGGGUCUCGGGAUGGUGGUUACUGGGACUUUGCCGGUAUUUAAUCUCACCAUGGAUGGAAAUUCCCAGAAUCAGCUCAUAUUAGGUGUCAUGGGCGUUGAUGUACAUCUCGAUGAGAUAAAGAGACUGACGCCACGGUACAAUCUUGGAGCCAAUGGAUACAUAUUCGCUAUUGAUCCAAAUGGAUAUCUUCUUUUACACCCUAAUCUCCAACCAAAGCCGAAUGACCUACCGGAGCCUGUGACGCUGGACUUCCUUGAUGCAGAAGUGGAGGACAGCAAUAAAGAGGAGAUUCGUCGACAAAUGAUUGACGGGAGACCAGGCGAAAUGCAGAUUAAAACACUCAUCAAGUCAAAUGAUGAGCAAUACAUUGAUGAGGCCUACAGAGGUUACACAUGGACCCCUAUCAAUGGCACAGAUUACAGUCUCGGUUUGGUAUUACCUCCUUACAAUGAAUUCUACAUCCAGGCAGACUUGAGUGAUGUGAUGCUGCAGCUCCAGUAUUUACAAUCUCUGUUGCCCAGCUCCUUUGAGUCAUCAGGACAUGUUUUUCUGGCUCCCAGGGAAUACUGCAAGCGUCUGCAUCUUUCUGACAACAACACGCAGUUUUUGGAGAACUUCUUAUCUCUCAUGGUGGACAUCACACCAGAAUCUGAAGACUGUGACCAAGGUCUCAUUCACAACCUGAUACUGGAUUCUGGCAUCAUUGGGCAGCUUGCGUCCCGAGUAUGGAAGAACAAAGAUCUAAAUUCGUAUGGCUUCCUGGCUGUAUUUGCAUCUACAGAUGGUGGAGUAACGCGAGUGUUUCCAAACAUGGCUGCUGAGUUGUGGGAUGAGGAUCCUGAACCCUUCAACUCCAAUUUCUACCGACGCAGCCUAGACAAUGGCGGCUAUAUGUUCAGGGCUCCACCAAAAGCAUCCGUGGACGACCCGACAGGUGUAGAAAAUGGCACAAUUGGUAUUCUCGUGAGUUCAGCUGUAGAGGUUAAUUUAGGAGGGAAGCUUCUCAAACCUGCAGUGGUGGGAGUUAAGUUGGAUUUCGAAGCAUGGGUGGACAAGUUCAAAAUCCUGGCCAGCAACGUGUCAGACAGUCGCCAGGGCUCACACAAGUGCGGGCCGUCCAGAAGCUGUGAAAUGGACUGUGAAGUGAACACUGAUGACCUCCUCUGCUAUCUCAUUGAUGAUGGCGGCUUCCUGGUUAUGUCGAAUCAGAGGGACCACUGGAAAAAGGUUGGCCUUUUCUUUGGUGACGUUGACCCCUAUCUGAUGCACGCACUGUACAACAACUCCAUCUAUGCACGGCGUCAGUCCUUCCAGUACCAGUCGGCAUGCGAGCCGGUCAGCAGCAGUCACACUGGUGCUGCCUCCAGAGGCAUCUUCGUGCCGUCAGUCUCGGACAUCCUGAACCUGGCCUGGUGGACGUCAGCGGUGGCAUGGUCUGUGGUCCAGCAGUUAUUGUACGGACUGGCCUACAACAGUUGGUUCUUUCAAGGGGACACCCUAGUGGAAGGGUUGGAGACCAAACAGAGUAGCUGCGUGACCAUCCAGAGCCAAUUCUACUUCACCAACACCACCAACUCAUACAACGUGCUGCAGGACUGUGGGAACUGCUCAAGGCUGUUUCACGCAAAGAGGAUAGAAAACACUAACCUCCUGUUUGUGGUUGCUGAGACUCUGCCCUGCAGCUCCUGUGAGAUCGAGAGGCUGACCCAGCUCAGGACCGAGUUUCAGGAGGAGAACCCGUGUGAAGUACUGAGCAAUGCACGGUACCGCAAAGGCCCGACUACCUGUUUUGACUACAGCGCCUGGGAGAACACGUCGGAGUGCGGCCGAGGGUAUUCUCUGCAGUCCUCCAUAGGGCUUCUUCUCUUUAUCCAGCUCAUCCUGACCCUCUUUUCUCUCUGACACACGGGACAGACCUCAACAUCCGGGUCGCUCGCGUCCUGCCGCCCACUUCCAUUUAGUUGUGAUCAGUGUCUCCUAAUCCAGCCGUGACCUCUGACAUGACAACUACUGGAAUCUCAUCACGUAUGACUCAGAAUUACCCUCUUACCCAAAUUGGAAAGACUGGGUUGGUUUCAUUUUACCAAAAAGGCUUUCAUAGAGCACUUGGUGUAGAAAAUUUGCGUGGGAU